AUGAACGGAGACGCAAAGGUCCUGAGCUCGCUCACCGAGGACGAGAUUACGGCAAAAUACCGGCCGUUCCUGCUGCCGGAGGAGCAGGCGGCGAGCGACUGGGUGUCGGAGCUCGAGCUUGAUGCGGUCACGGCGUUUGUGGAGCAGCAUAAGCGCAAGGAGGAUUAUAAGCCAUUGAAGUUUUUGGUCCUGUAUGGGUCGUUGCGUGAAUGCUCCUACUCCCGAAAAAUGGCCUAUGAGGCCUCCCGGAUCCUGCAUCGUCUCGGCGCCGACGUCCGCGUCUUCGACCCGCGCGGCCUUCCCGUCAAGGACGACGUUCAGCACGACCACCCGAAGGUACAGGAGCUGCGCACGCUCUCACACUGGUCUGACGGACACCUGUGGUGCUCGCCCGAGCAGCACGGGAACCUGACCGCCGUGUUCAAGAACCAGAUCGACUGGAUCCCGCUCGCCACAGGCAGCGUUCGCCCCACGCAGGGACGCACGCUUGCGGUCGUGCAAGUGAACGGCGGCAGCCAGAGCUUUAACACGGUUAAUGCGCUGCGUGUGCUGGGAAGGUGGAUGAGAAUGUUUACAAUCCCGAACCAGAGCAGUCUGCCGAUGGCGUGGACGCAGUUCACGGAUGAGGGGAGGCUGAUGAAGAGUGGGAAUCGGGAUAGGCUCGUGGAUGUGUGUGAGGAGCUUGUGAGGGUGAGUUUUGUGUUGAGACCGAGCUUUGAUAUGUUUGCGGACCGGUAUAGUGAGAGGAUGGAGAAGAGGGCGAAGGAGGAGAAAGAGAGAGCUGAGAGGGAGAGGAAAGAGAAGGAGGCGGCAGAGGUGGAAUCGGCGCAGGAAUUGAAGGAUGUGAAAGCUUAA